AUGGGCAACACUCAGGUUCAGCCCCCAGCAGCGGCCUUCUGCGAGCUGGACCCUCAUCAGGGUUUAUCUGUGGUGCAGCUCUACUUGAUGCCCUCCUUCUUCCUGGCGGUGCUCAUCCUGGGCCUCCCCCUCAACCUGCUCUCCAUCUGGGUUUUCUCCCACCGCCUGCGGAGAUGGACCCGCAGCACGGUGUUCCUCUUCAACCUGACCCUGGCCGACUUCUCCUGGCUGCUGGCCCUGCCCUUCCUCAUCCACUACCACCUGAAUCACCUAUGCUGGACGCUGGGUUUGCCACUGUGUACGGCCGUCAGGAUGCUCUACCACAACUACUUCUACCUCAGCAUCUUCUUCGUCACCUGCAUCAGUGUGGAUCGAUACGUCGCCAUCGUGCACCCGCUGCGCUCUCUGGUGCUGCUGGGCCGCCGGCAGACCUGCCUGCUGUGCGCGGCGCUGUGGGCGCUGUGUCUGCUCCUCAGUGUACCUGUUGCCACCAUGACUCUGAUCCAGACCUGCCCCGGGAGCAACCGCACAGUGUGCACCCUGUACAUCCUCCUGAACGAGCCCAGGGAGAGCCUCCCUUACUCCCUCUCAUGCUCCGUCUUCGGCUUCCUCUUCCCGCUGCUCUGCAUCUGCUACUGCGGCCUGCGCAGCGUCAAGGAGCUGCGCCGCCGGCCCGAUCCGCACAACAAGCAGCUGCGUCUGCGGCGGUUGCUGAGCACAGUGCUGGUCUUAUUUGCGCUGUUUUACCUGCCGUACCACCUGAGCCGCAACGUUGCGGGCGUGAUGCGCGCAGUUUACCCGGAUAACCCCGCCUCCUGGCGGCCUGCAGACAUGGCCUUCUCCCUGGAGAUGUGCUUCUGCGGCCUCAUCACCUGCGUUAACCCGCUGUUCAGCUGCUUCAUCGGCCGCCAGUUCAGGAAGGAGUUUUACGGCACUUUUGCGGGCAUGUUUCCUCACUGUGCCGGUCUGCAGGUGGACUCACUGGUGUCCAAACGGUCCCGGAUGACGCCGAUGAGAAGACAGAGGAUGUCUGCUGUCACACCUGUGAACGCACUGCCUGCUCCCAGACCAUAGAGGCUGUGGAAAUAUAAAUAAAUGAUGUUCUUUCACUGAUUGUGUCAAACAU